AUGGGACCCAAGGCUGAAAGAGAGUAUGUGAAGAGAGAUAUGAAGACAAGAGCCAACCCACCCACACUCAAGGGGCAGAAGGAGAACAAGGAACCAGUGAAGGAAACUGAGAAGGAACGGUCAGCCAGGCAGAAGCAGCAGCAAAAAAACAUCAUCACGGAAGCCAAGAGGAAAAAGGGCCUCACCGAGUGGUCAGUCACCACCGCCGAGUCCUUCACUCUCGCUCUCAGCACCUCCAGCACGACGCUGAAAACAAAGCGGCCCGCGUCUCUCGUCCGCCCCUCACCGGCCCGGCCGUCGCCAUCCCCCCGCAGGCCCAUCGCUCCUCCCCCCCCGCCCCGGCCCGGGAAGGCCCCACACACCCCGGGCGGGGCGAGGAGUCGCUCCGCCCCGCGUCCCCAGGCGGGGGCGGCCCCGACUGCCAAAGGGAGCCCUGCCUCGCCGCCUCCGCCGCUCGCUGAUCCUCCCUGGGCGAGUACACGGUCGGCCCCCGGCUCCCCGGCUCCGGCUCCGGCUCCGGCUCCGGCUCCUUCUCCGGCUCCUCCUCCGCGGCCGCCAUUUUAUGAGGCUGCCGUAAACCGGCGCGGUCGAGGCGGGACUGAGGGGACGCCAAUGGCGGCGGCUACGCGGGUGGGCUGGAGGCGGGGGCUCGUCUGGGCGCCCCGCCGCGGCUUCGCCUUCCACGGCCGCCGGCCCGGCCCGGAAAGAGGGCCGGAGCCCGAGGACUCGACGCAGAGCCGGGUCCCAAGAUUCUGCCCACCCAGAAAAUCUUGCAAUGAUUGGAUUGGACCCCCAGAUAGAUAUUCAAACCUUCGACCAAUCAAAUUUUACAUCCCUGAAAAUGAAUCUCCAUUGGAACAGCAGCUUAGGAAAUUAAGACAAGAGACGCAAGAAUGGAACCAGCAAUAUUGGGCAAACCACAAUCAGACAUUUAGCAAGGAAAAAGAAGAAUUUAUUCACUCAAGAUUGAAAGCUAGAGGUCUGGGAUUGAAAGAUGAAACAGGUAAAAAAAUAACAUUGAAUGCAGAAGAAAUGGCUGAUUUUUACAAGGAAUUCUUAAGUAAAAAUUUUCAGAAGCAUAUGUACUAUAACAGAGACUGGUACAGACGUAAUUUUACUAUCACCUUGUUCAUGGGAAGAGUGGCCUUAGAGAGGAUUUGGAGGAAGCUUGGAUUCAAACAGAUUUUUAAGUGCCUACUGUGUGAGGAGCAUGGUGCCAAAUGCUGGAGGAUCUACAUAUGUCACCACCCUUUGCAGCUGGGGGAUUACCUUCUAGAAGCAAAUAUUCCACCUCUUGACAACAGUCAACUAGCCGAGCAUUCUGCCCAUUGCACCACCAGCAGCCUCAGAGAUCAUCUAUUCAAUCUCACUCAUUUUACAGACCUAGAGGGGUUGAGGGAAGUGCCUACCCUCACACAGGGUAUACAGUUUCAGCAGACUCCUCCAGCUGCUCUCAAACUCUCAAACUCAUGAACUCGGCCUCAAGUCUGGAAAUGUCCAUUUCAGAAUUGCUAUUUGGUCACGUAUGUUCAGGGUAAGAAAUACAAAACAGAAGAGGCCACCAGGGGUCCAAAAUGGCAUAUAGCAUAUGUGCAAGAGAGCCUAGCCCUGAGCUCCCACAUGGUCAUCGGGCAGGAAUAGAGACAAUGAGUAUACAAGAACAUACAAGGUACAUUCAAAGUAGGUGCAAGAUAACCUUAAAAGGGAAGGCACCAUGGGAAGCCAAGCGAAGCCUCAGUGAAUCAAUCAAUGAGAAUAUACUGUCAGGCAUCAUAAUAAACAAUGGAGAUACCAUGACAAAAUAAAUAGUCCCUCAAAGAGCUUACAUUCUAACAGAGUAGAAAAUCUAUAUGUUGGGGCAACUAGGUGGCUCAGUGGAUAGAGCACCGGCCCUGGAUUCAGGAGGACCCGAGUUCAAAUUUGACCUCAAACAUAUAACACCUAUGAGCUAUGUGACCGUAGACAAGUCACUUAACCCCAUCACCUAAUCAAUAUAUAUAUAUGGGGGGGGGGAUAGAGGCGUAUGUACUGUGUAGACAAAAUGAAUUCAAGGUAGUUUUGAGAGGGAGUGAAUAACCCAUGAAUUCAGAAAUGAAUCAAAAGCUUUGUAGUAAAUUAAAACAACUCUGAGGUACUACCUUACCCCUAACAGAUUGGCUAAUAUGACAGGAAAGACAAAUGACAAAUGUUGGAGGGGAUGUGGAAAAAUUGGGAUGUUAAUGUACUCUUGAGUCAUGAACUUAUCCAACCAUUUUGGAGAGUAAUUUGGAACUAUACCCAAAGUGCCUGCCCUUUGACCCUGUAAUACCAC